UUAUGGCAGAAAUUGAUGGUUAUUUUAGGUCAGGAACGGGUUUGACUUGUUUAGCUUGCAGAUUGGUUUUUGCAGAUGCUAUAAUUCAGAAACAACAUUAUACAAGUGAUUGGCAUAGAUAUAAUCUUAAAAGACAUGUCGCAAAUCUUGCUCCGAUUAGUGAAACUACAUUUUUGGAGAAAUCACUUCAAGUUGCUCAGGAUUGUGAAAAGUUUAAAUCUUCUCAUAAAGAGAUUUUUUGUUCUCAUUGCCACAAAAAAUUUCAAUCUUCAAAAGCACUUGAAAAUCAUUUUAAUUCAAAAAAACAUAAAGAAAAUAUUCUAAAGUCUGACAACAAUGUUAUUGACAAAAAAGAGCCUAUGGAAUAUGAAGUUUCUCACAAAAUCAUUGAAGAAAAUAAAAAUUUACAAAAAGAAGAAGAUCUUAAUGAAAAUAAUGGAAUUCCAAUUGGCGAUUGUUUAUUUUGUUCUUCAUCCUUAAAUGACUUUGAUUCAUGUAUGCAACAUAUGUCAAAGGAGCAUGGAUUUCUAAUUCCUGAUUUUGAUUAUUGUUCGGAUAUCUUGGGAUUAAUUAAAUAUCUCGGUUUAAAAAUCGGCGCUGGAAAAACUUGUAUCCGCUGUAACAGCUAUCGUUUCCGAGAUCUAGAUGCAGUUCAGAAGCAUAUGCGUGACAAAAAUCAUUGCAAUUUUCGAAUUGAUGAUACAGAGGUGGUUGAAUUUGUGGAUUUUUAUGAUUAUAGUAUUGAAGAAAGUGAUGAUAUGUCAACGCUGGUUAAUGUUAUGAAGGAAGUUUUUGAGAGUUGUUCAGCUGAUGAUGAUGCUUCUUUUAUUACUAUUCCAACUGGUUCGUCUAUUGGCCACAGGUCUUUAAUGCGCUAUUUCAAACAAUCUUUGAGGCCGAAUAAUGUUGGAAUCAAAACUUCAACAAAUCGAGCUCAUGCCAAUUUUUCAUUAAAACAAAUCGGUUUAAAUCAACCAACAAGCCUAUUGGCAGUUAAAUUAGCAAAGGAUACUAAUCGAAUUAAUAAUCGAGUGGUUCAGAAAUAUCAACUUAAAAAAGGAUUGGCAAACAACAGAAUAUUUGUUUCAGCUGGACGUAAAGACCAAAUGUGA